CAUUCCUCCUCUCACUCCACCUUCAGGAAAAAAACAAAACAGGACCAACAAAGUUCCCCUUGUACUCCCUAACAUCUGAUAUAGACGACCAUCAUGCCUUACCGUCCUAAUCCAUUCUUCACAACUACCAACACUUUCUUCGUCCCUUCCGUAGGGGACAAAGUUGAUAACGCUAUCGCUCAAUCUAAGGGAGCGGUCAAUGACUUGAAAUCAAAAUCUUCAGAACUGGCCGGAAAGGCGGAUUUGAAAUAUCAAGAUGCUAAAGAAGCUGUCAAGGUAGCCGUCUCACCCGCUGCUCCUACCGGUGUCGAUCUCUAUGCUCGUUUCGCUCUUGCUGGUGCUCUGGGUUGCGCCGUCACUCACGGUGCUUUGACUCCGGUUGAUGUGGUCAAGACUCGUAUCCAACUUGAGCCGGAGGUGUACAACAAGGGAAUGAUCGGUGGUUUCCGUCAGAUCAUCGCUAAAGAAGGUGUCGGUGCUCUUGCAACUGGUUUCGGUCCUACUGCAGUCGGAUAUGCUAUCCAGGGUGCAUUCAAAUUCGGAGGAUACGAGUUCUGGAAAAAAGUCGCCAUUGACUCACUCGGUAUCGAUGUCGCUCGUGAGAACCGUCAAGCCAUCUAUCUCGGAGCAUCGGCCAUUGCGGAAUUCUUCGCCGAUAUCGCUCUCUGCCCACUUGAAGCUACCCGUAUCCGUCUCGUCUCCCAACCUUCUUUCGCCACUGGUCUCGCCUCUGGUUUCCUGAGGAUCUUGCGGGAAGAAGGUCCCGCGGCCUUCUAUGCUGGAUUCGGGCCGAUUUUAUUCAAACAGGUCCCAUACACCAUGGCCAAGUUCGCCGUCUACGAAAUCGCCGUUGAGAAGAUUCUUCAAACCGUUGGCAAGUCCAAAGAUUCCCUCACUGGUGGUCAAACUAUUGGACUUAACCUCACUGCCGGUCUCAUCGCUGGUAUGGCCGCCGCCGUCAUCUCCCAACCCGCCGACACUCUCUUGUCCAAGAUUAAUAAGAGCAAAGGUCUCCCCGGUCAAAGUACUACGGGCCGUUUGAUCGACAUGGCUCGCACGCUCGGUGUCUCCGGUUUGUUCACCGGUAUGGGCACGAGGCUGGUCAUGAUUGGUACACUUACUGCUGGGCAGUUCUUUAUCUAUGGAGAUAUCAAGAAACUUCUGGGCGCCAAAGGCGGUAUAGAAAUUUCUGCUGUCCCUAAGUGACCAAUCGGUCGACGGACAACGUUAGGAGGAUGAUAUGCAUGAUUUCUAGAGCG